CUGCAACCUCCAUCCGACCUGGAAUCGAAUGCUCCGAGUCCUGGUCGCCAACUUGGUCCCUUUCCGGCCCCAUACUGCCACCACGAUGGUAGUACUAGUGCUGCUUUCUUGUUCAUCCUAGUACCAGCCCUCCUUGAUCACGGUGAGUCAAGCGGUCAGAGUGAUCCAAGCUGAUCAUUGAGGCGAUAUCAAAUGAAGUCCCUACUGGUGCGGCAGCGACAUGGGGGAAACGCUGUGCUGCUCAGUCCUGGGAGACUGACCUGGCCAGUCAACCAUGCUGUGAGCUCCCCGUUGAGGCAUUGUCGCUAGACGCAGAGGUAGGUUGCUUCAAGGUUGCUUCAUGGUUUGAUUCGGCAACAAAGCAUAUGGCGACAACACGCCGCCAUGAUUAGCGCCAGGCGGAUGGCGACUUUCCUGGGGCCAAAUCUUUCUGGUUGCGGCCUGGGCCAGCUUCAACACAUGUUGGGCCUUUACAAUACUAAUAUGGCUCCUGGAUGUCUGGCAUCUUAGGAGCUGUCCAUUGCUCGUCUUGUUCCCAUCUUUGCUCCCUGUCCGGGGGACCUAUCUCUAUAUCCUUUCUCUUGCGCUUCUGCAUUGACUCUGCUUGAUAGGAACAAUGAGAAGAGCUCGCAGGGAGGCACAAGAUGAGGAUGCCGCGCGUGAAAUGCUAGAGAAGCAAUCGCAAGCUUCAUUGUGGCUAGCUCGUGGCACCUUUCUUCUGACGGCACUCCUAUUUGCGUCUCUUGUCCUGAGUCUUGUCUUGAUCGAUUAUUACAAUACUAAGCAUCGUGGCUUCGCCAUCAUUACAGAAAACCACUACUCCUGGACCUAUGGGCCGACCGCUGUUCUGGUGCUGAUUGUGGCUCUCUGGCGUCAGAUUGACUACCACUGUAAGGCAGCAAUACCGUGGUUAACGUUGGGACAGGGGAGGGCGUCCGCAAGUCAGAGUCUUCUCCUGGAUUACGUGUCUCCGUUACAAGUGGUUAGCCUUUGGCGGUCUUUGAAAAAUGGCCAUCUUUUGGUGGCCUGGACCACGAUCGGCUUUGUUUUGUUGAAACUUGCAACUCUCGCCUCAACUGGAUUGCUGGCCGAAGAAGUUGCCGUGCUCCCAAGGAUAUCUACUAUGGCUCCAGCCUCCACCCGUUUCAACGGGUCGCUGUACAACGAAACGGAUUACAUUAGCAAAAGCGGUUCCUCCUAUGUUUAUACAGCUUACAGCAUCAUGGCCAAAGGUCUGAAGGCACCCAAAGGAACAACGGACAAGCUGGUGUACGAAAGUUUCGAUGUUCCAUCCGAGUUCAGCUCUGACGUCGGAUAUAUCAGAGCACAAGUACACGCGCUUGUGUCAAGUUUCAAUUGUGAGGCAGCUGGAGUCUCGGUGAAUCCAUAUCCAUAUAAAACGGACGGAACGCAAAUAUUUGACAGUAUCGUCAUGGAUUCUCCUCGGUGUGAGAUACUCGGAGGAACUACCCCUCCUCUCGUGCUCAAUCCGAAGACACAAACAUGUCCACCAAGGCAAUUGCGAGGUAUCAUGGUAGCAGUCAACUGCUCCGAAGACGCUGAUGCAGGUCGCUUCUCUAACUGGCAGCUUCUUACCUUGGUAGAAGCAUUGUAUAUUAAUCAAACUGUGAAUGAUUCAGCGGACAGCACUCCUUCCGGUGGGCAAAAUGCGUCCGAUGUGUUUCCAUCUGUCGAGAUCAAGAAAGCGACCGGCCUCCUAUGCCGACCUUCUUACCGCAUAGCUGAUGUCAGCCUGGCUUAUAAUCUGUCACAUGCGGAGCAGGAUGUCGUGGUAGGGGACCCAGGCACAGGCAACGGGACUCUGUCGGGAUUCGACGAUGAAGAUCUGACAUUGACAUUUCGAGCUGCGUUAAAUGAUGCAUCAACCAUGUUUGGCCUUCAAACAGAUUCACAACUGGAGGAAGAGUUUCCAGAUCCCUUGUUCAAAUUGAUGGCUGCAGCCAGUGGAGGACGUUACGAAAAUCUUCUUGAUCAACAAGCUAUGGCCGCUGCCGCCGAAACCACAUUUCAACACAUCGCUGUCCAGGUCGUCAACGAUAUCCUCAUGGACAACUCAAGCAUGGCUCUGGCUGCUGAGGUAUCUAUCCAACAGAAACGCCUCCUCGUCUCACCAAUUCCAUUUUGGAUCAUGGUAUCGAGCUUCAUUGCUCUGACGAUCCUAAGUGCUUGGUUGACCUGGACACGCCCACCAGCGGCGCCGCCUCCGCGAGCGAACACCGUUUUGGGGGUGGGACAGGUUCUCAUUCACAGCCACGCCUUGCAGGCGGUCGUGCAAGAACUCCAAGAUUCCCCAGAAAAACGGGUCGCACAACGACUUCAGGACUAUGUGUUUUCUCUUUCACGCCCUGACACUCGUGAAGAGCGGUCAGGCUUCGCCAUCGUCCCCAUUCCAAAGGCCGAACGACCACCCCCCGCUGCCGAGCACCGUAGCGAGGCUGAGACUAAACCCUUUGUGUUUUGGAGACCAUUCACUACCCGCACAUGGGUGAUGGUUGCCAGUCUGGCACUUCCUCUAGUGGCGAUAGUGUUGCUGGAGGUCCUACAACGAAACUCGGAUCGCAAUGGCGGCAUACUCACUUUGUCUGCUAUGGAUGGUAGCGGAGUGACGGUGUACACGCGACUGAUCCCGGCUCUCGUUAUGCUUAUGAUAGCCACUUCUUUCAAUGCGGUGGAUUUCAACGUGUCACUUCUCGCCCCUUUCAAUGCAAUGCGACGCAAGCCUGCCCCAGCCGAGCGCAGCAUCGAGGCGUGCCUUGUCGACAAGAUACCUCCUCUUGUACUGUGGAAUACCGCCAAACACCGCCACUAUGCGGCCCUCUUUUCUGCCAUUGCGGCGUUGGUUGGCAGUGGUUUGACUAUUGUGGCUUCAGGCCUCUACACCGUGGAGUCUUACCCAAGCUCGGCUCAACUACACUUACGAAGCCUUGACGCUUUUAAUACGACUUGGCCUGGGUCUGCCACAAAUGACGAUACGGCAGCAGUGCUGACAAGUCUUACUGAGGGUCUGAACCUCACAUAUCCUGCAUUCACCUAUGAGGAGCUUGCACUGCCGGCGGUAACUGCAGUUUCUCCUGUGGACAACUCCUCCUCGCAGCCUCAACUGCAACUUAAGUAUCCCGCCCUGCGCGCAUCGCUGAACUGCACGGCCUUAGACGCGAGUCAGUACAAUGUCACACCUUUCUACAACUCACGGAUUACGUCUGCAAGCGCCACAAUCGCCGCGACGAUGCCUCUGCCACCGUCGUGUCCUUUCGGCGGGCCUGGGGGAAAUCUGAGUGUGAUAGACGUCAGGUAUGGAGCCAACAUCGGGGCGAACAUAUCCUACAUGGGAAAACUCCUCGACCUUCAUGUUGGCCCCUACGACGCCAUAGAAGGUUCAUCCUUCGGGGAAACCGAGCCCUCCGCACAGAACGAUAACCCGCCAGGUUGUCCCUCGCUUGCAUUCAUUUACGGCUUUGUCAAUGUCGAAGUGCCAGAACAAACGGAAGUGACAGUCUUGAUGUGCUAUCAACAGAUCCAAAGAGUCCAGACAACGGUGUUCUUCGAUUUGCCUGCAAUGACCAUCUCUACGGCUCAAGCACCGAUACCCAACGAACGUACUAUCGAGCUUCUUCCCAAUGGUCCCGAUGGUGAGACGACAUUCUCAUACCGGAUACAACAACAUACGGAUAAGUCGUUGUCGAUUUUCAACCAAACCACUUAUGCCUCUGACAAUCUUGCAAAUACACCAGUGGAUGGAUUUUUUCAGGGAGUGUUGUUCGGACGGACGCCACUUCCAGAGACAAUGCUGAGGGACAGAUCCAACCAGGACACCAUGGUGCGCGGUAUCAACGCCUUCUAUCGCCGAUACAUGGCGCAGGCAAUUUCCGCAAAUAUGCGGGUGCCGCUCAAUUCGACUGACGCAGGCUCUCAAGCUUCGUCAGCAGGAGAUUACGAAGGGACCGUUCUCAAUGCUUCACAAACCGCACGCCUCGUGCAGCACCGUACCGCGAAAUUGAUCUUACAAAUUCUUCUAGGUCUCAUGCUCAUCCUUGGUGCCGUGGGAUGGGGCAUGACGCGGCUGCGGGAUCUAGUUCCGUUCAACCCAUGCACAAUCUUUGGCAUGGCAGCUCUCCUUGCAGGGAGUAAAAUGUGUGCUGCAGCGAAUAUUACUGACGCAGCCCCUUCAGACAAAUCCCAAACGAGGGUGGUCUCGGAGACCCUUUCUUGUAGAAGAUAUCAGCUGGGCUGGUGGGACGAUACCAGCGGUGGCAGAGAAGACCAAGCACAAGCCGACACCGAGGCGGAUGCGAUUUCUAGAGAACGUGAAGGGCUGCGGCAUCGGAAGAGAUACGGUGUUGACUUCGUGGAGUUCCGCAUAGGGGACUCCUGAUGAGCUAUCGUUUGAUGAGAUUCAAUGUACUGUUGGGAGUCGGGGCUACAAUAUCUUUGCUAUAAUUAUGCAAUUUACGAGAAUAUAAAUACUAUUUCCGA